GCUGGAGAGCGUUACUUAAGCUUCGGGCGAUUAGGCUAGCCUGAAAAGUACCGGCUGGCCCCCGUCCUGUACCUUUCCUUCAAAGUAUCGGGGGUUCCUGGUCGACAUACUUCUCGAGUGUGUGCUGCCAAACACACUUAAGGCUCGCUGAUCCCCCUCCCGCAGCUCGUGACGGAUCUUCUUCACUGGAUCUUGAGAGACAAGUCACCGCCUCGACUUCCCUUGACUUCUUUAUUCCCCAGAGGGAGAUAGGAGAUAUAGCGAAGAUAGGAGUUCCGGCCUGAGUCUCAGGAGAAAGCCUCCACUCUACCCGCCCCUUUGCUCGCUCUUUGUGUUAUUAUCUCGUCGAAGAUGACGAUGACUCUUGAGAAUCAAUCACGACUCGGGUCCCUCAACUUCGACCACAUGUCUUCCUACUCGAACCCUCCGCACUUCACCAACCCCUGGGGCGCCGGCUCCUCGGGUCAGCACGGCAACCACGGGAUGUACUCGCAAGGGCUCAACGCCAACCUGGGCGGUCUCGACUCUAUGACCAAGCAGCACGCGGCCAGGGCGGCCGGAGGCAACGGCGCCUCGAUGGCAUCCUAUGGGGGCAUCCCGGCGACGGCAUCUUCAGCAGGUAGCACUCUCAUGGCGGACUUCUAUGGACAGCAGGACUUACGCAAUAUGCCGCAAGAUCUCUUAAGCUUGAACCGAAUGCAGCCCACGGCGACGUCGUACGCAGAGCCCACGUAUGCGACGGCGACGGCGGCCUCGCCGGUGAACGCGACGUACUCGGCGUCGCCAAACUCGUAUGAUAGUGUAUCCGGGUACGCGCCGGCGCCUAUGCGCUCCACGUUCGCCCUUGCACCAGACGCCGACAACCGAAGGUAUUCCCAAUCGUCAGUUUCCUCUAUGCCGAUCAUCGAUCCCAGCUCGGGCGGCGCCUCUCGCUCUCACCGGAACUCGUUAGUUGACAUACAUCAUAGAGGACUUCAGAGCGACGAUCGCAGGAGCUUCGCCGACGCCCUCGACGCUGGCCAGGGCAUGCUAGCUAUGAGCCAGGAGACCCCUCGCGCCAUAUAUCCCCCUAACAGCCGUGGCAGAGGCUCUGCCGACUCGUACGGUUUCCCUUCGACACACUCGACGAGCUCGUCUAUAUCCUCGGCGAGCAACUAUGGCGGCGCCUACUAUGCGGGAUCGGCCGACUCGUCGGUCAGCGACUACUCGACUGCGGGUUCUGACAUCGAGUCCGUCACCUCUCGAACGUUACCCCGGCCGAAUUUGAUGACCCAACCUCCUCCGGCCCCCCAAUCCAUGAUGGGCCAGUUCAGCUCAAAAGUAUCAUCGAGCACCCAGAAGAAGCAUAAGUGCAAAGUCUGCGAUAAGCGCUUCACUCGGCCGAGCUCGUUACAAACGCAUAUGUAUAGCCACACGGGCGAGAAGCCCUUCUGUUGCGAAGUCGAAGGAUGUGGGCGACACUUCUCUGUCGUAUCGAAUCUCCGGCGGCACCGGAAAGUACACAAGAACGACAGCAAAUCCGAUGCCGGAUCCGAGGAUCACCAUGAUGAUCAUUCCGACUAGGACGUCUACGCUUCACGACAGCAAUACGCGUUCCACUAUGCACAAGGUUACGAUUUAGAAUUGUUGACGAUUAUCCUUGCUAUGCGGAUACCUCAUGUUGAGCCACGUUCCAA